UGUUUUUAUUUAGUUCAAAACUAUUUCCGGCGACAAUGGGGGUGCAACUUAUAACACAUUAUUUCUCUUUGAAGCUUUGUAAGCUGUGUCUAUAUCUAAGCACAAAUAAUGCUGGAAACACGUUCGGCUGUUUAUAAAAUGCUAGAAAUUGCGCGGUACGAGAGACAGAUCGAUAACUGGCCGCCACCAUUUUCAUCCGACAUCACGCCAUAUAAUGAAAGAAACUUUAACACGCUUGUUAGGCGAUCAUGCACGACGAAAAAUUUUUCUUUGGGAAUUUCCAAAGCAAUAAUUAUUGGAGACGUUUCGGUCGGGAAAUCAUGUUUGGUGACUAGAUUUUGUCAUAAAACAUUUGACGUUAACUACAAAGCAACAAUCGGCGUAGAUUUUGAAGUGGAAAGAUUUGACAUUCUUGGCAUACCCUUCCACUUGCAAAUAUGGGAUACAGCUGGUCAAGAAAGGUUUAAAUCCAUUGCAGCUUCUUAUUAUAGAGUGAUCAUUGUUGUAUUCGAUUUGAGCAAUUUGCUAUCUUUGGGACACUGCGAACAAUGGUUUCUCGAAGCUGCUAGAAGUAAUACAGAACCAUACCAUGUAUUCUUAGUAGGCACAAAACAAGAUUUACUGUCAAAUCAAGUAUACAGAAUAAUAGAGAAACGAGCCACCGAAGUAGCACGAAAACUAAAAGCUGAAUUUUGGGCUGUAUCUUCCAGAACAGGAGAUGGAGUAUCAGAAUUGUUCACAAGAGUAGCUGUAUUAUCUUUUCAUUCGACAGUUCUAAAUGCGCUGCAGAAUGUAAACCAAAAGAUCAACAUCGGUUCAGAUUUAAUAAUGGUUAAUGCUCAAACAGAAAAACUUAAAAGGGAGAAGAAGAAGAAGAAUAAAUGCUUUGACUGUUCCAGCCCUUUGAUAGAAUAUUAACCAAAAAUGAAAAUACAUAAAGGAAAUUAGCAAUUUAGAUUUAAGUAAGUAACACUACAAUCAGAAAAAAUACGAUUUUCUAAUUGUAUACCUUUAUUCCAUUAAUCUGUGACAAAUAUAAUCAAAUCAGUCAAAUAAAAUGUAAUCGUUUUUAGCUUUAACACGGCAUAGAAAACAUUUGCCUAUUUUUUGAGAAAUCAAACAUACGCUUCAGGCUUAGGUUCGGUAGGGCCAGAUGGCACUUUGGGAUCGUGAAG